AUGGCAAAAGAAGCGCGGGUUGAAAAUCUAAAUGCUCAAUAUAUUUUAUUAUGUAAUAUAAGUCCUGAAGUAGAACUUCCUGUCGCUUCAGCCCUAUGUGACCCAACACCAGGCGAUACUUCACUAGUAUCUGGGGAGGUGUUUGAAAACGCACAAACGGGACUUGUUGCAACGACAGUAGGUCUUGAAGGAUCCGUUGGUGCCAUCACACUAAGUUUACUUGGCGAUUUGAGUACAUAUUUCGAAGUAGAUGGAAAAGAAAUAAAAGUUAAAGACGGGAAGGCGCUGGACAGAACGAAUUUGGCGAACCCAAGCCGUGCGGAAGAAAUAACUAUUACUGGAUUUGUGGAAUGUCGGAUCACAGGGGCAACAUCUGGGACGAAUUACGCUGCCUCCAUUGACAUGAAAUACAUCAACAAAUACAAUCCCAUAAUCAUCUCAGCCAAUUCGACAGAUCAGAGUGAGUAUGUAGCUGUUGGAGCAGAUAUCCCUUUCUCUAUAGCCGCUGGAACUGAAGGUUCUGGUGACCCAUUGACAGAAAUCAAUGUUUUUGAGAUUUUAAGUCAAGUUCCCGCAAAUGUUUUCACCAUAUCUGCUGAUGGACAACUGAAGCUUGCAAAGGAUCUGGAUUAUGCUAAAUACAAAACACAUACCAUUGAUCUAUUAGUAAAGAACACUGGUCCAGACAGUAUGGGAAAUGAUACAACUUUAACAGCUACCAAGACAAUAACUAUUAAUAUACAAGAUUAUGAUGACCUACCUCCAGUAUUUCAACCAUGUGUUAAAGAAGUUUGUCAACCUCUAUAUUCCUUGAACAUAAAUGUUGGUCAGUCGACGGGGUCGUUGAAUGUUGAACCGGGCCCAAUUGAAGCAAAAGACGGUGACAUUGGAAUAAAUCAGACUAUAGAAUACAGCUUUAUCAGUGGAACUCCAGCGGAUUACGUGACUUAUCUUGAUAUUAAUAGCGGAACAGGAGAAGUAACGCUCAUAGCACCCAUCACCAGUCCUACUACAUAUACAAUUGCAGUUAAAGCUCAACAAACAGACAGGGGAGAUCGCUUUGCUGUUACUUAUUUGCAGGCGAUAGCGACUGCGAAAGAUGUACAUCCACCUACAUUCAGCGAAACAUCUUACAGCGGCGGAGUUGUGAACGAUGGAAGUGAUAUUUUGUUCGUGUACAAAACUGGGUCCACGGAUUUACUGCAACUUGUAGCAACGGACGGCGACGAUGCAAAUGCAACCAUUAUCUUCACAACAAAAGAUCCGACUCCUUACCAAAUAUCGAGUGAAGGAUAUAUAUUCGUACGAAGUUCACAGCUAAGUACAACUAGAAGUACUUCGAGCGAUUUGGAAAUUGUCGCAGUGAACGUAUAUGCUGAUACCACUUCAUCUAACCGAGAAAGUGCUCCUAUCACAGUGAACAUUGCUGUUACAGAAGUUACGACACAACAAACCACAGAGGGAACGACAGAGCCUAUAACAACAGAAGCUUCCACAACUGUAGAGCCUACAACACCAGUGGCAACUACUAUUCCCACCACAGAACCCACUACUACAUUUAUAGAUACUACAACUGUAGAGCCCACAACACCAGCAGUGACUACUGUCCCCACUACAGAACCCACCACAUUCAUUGAUUCGACAACUUUAUUGGCCACAACCCCAGAACCCACUACCGUACCAACAACUGUAGCUACUACCACAGUAACAGAUACCACAAUUCAAGAAUCAACUACCGCACCAGUCACGAGUACCGUAGAAAUCACUACAGUUCCAGAGAGCACAACCAAAGAACUUACAACAGCACCUACAUCCACUAUAGAUUCUACCACACAGACAGAUUUCACAACCUCCACGAUAUCAGCAGACACUUCCCCUGAAGUAACAACUACUUCGCCGCAAACUACGGAUUCUGAUGUUUCAACACAAUCCACAGCCACGAAAGCCAUUUUGUCUAGCACGUCACCGGCCGCGCCGACUGGUCCUACAACUUCUAUAACCCCAGAGACUACAAGUAUUGAAGUUGAAAUAACCUCCACGUCCGUAAGUGGUGCAACUGAAACAACGAAGAAUUUAGAGGAAACUACACGAGAUGGUUUUACAAAUGAAGUAUCCAUGGUUCCAGCAAGUACAUUGUACGGGGUGGCAGCCGGCCUUUCAGUAGCGUUAUUCAUCGCCAUACUCGCUAUAAUAUAUCUCAUAUGGAGACUUAUGAAAAAGGAUAAAGAUUCAAAAUUCGACGAUGACGAUGAAGAUAACGUGUCAACAUCUAUCAAUGGAAAUGCACAUAUGUAUGAGAAUGGAGCAUUCACAGAACAUGAAACCUCAAAGGAAAUCGAUGAGAGGCCUCCGCCCAUGAUGGUGACCUUCACCGGUAAUCCGCCGAUAAUUGAACCUGGCGAGGAAAGAGAUAACAUAAAUGAAGAAACUGGAAGUAACCAUUCAUCGGAAGCUGAUCUUCUCGGAAAUGAAACUGAAGCAAUGGAUUUUUCUGCUCCCCAAGAUCCCGAAUAUGCCACAGUGAAUAAAGAAGAAAAUACUGAAAUCCUCGAGGAAGAACCUUUUGGAUACGACAACAUGGCUGAGCCCGAUACAGCACCUAAAUCUGAUUUCGAAGAAGAGCUUAUGCAAAGACAGAGACAGAUGGUCGCACCAGCUGUGCCAGUGGCAGCUGUACUUUUGAACGAAUCUAUGGAAGAUGAUGUAGAUCCGAUAUCUGAUCAAGAACGCAAAAACUUCCGACUUUCGCCUGAAAAAAUACAAGAAGAACGCAUAAUUAAAGAGGAUGCCGUAACUACCGUAAAGUUGGUGACCUUGAAGGGAUAUGGAGAUGAUAAUGGAGAUGUUAAAGCUGUUUUAAAAUCUAUUGACCUUAGUAUGGCCACCGGCACAGAAGAGCAAUCAGUGAGAAGUCAAAUUGCAACAAUGGAGAAAUUAGGAGAAUUGGAUCAUGAAAAUAUACUCACAUAUUAUGGAAGCUACGAAAAGGACGGUUAUCUUCAUUACGCAACUAAAUAUGCAGAAAAUGGUUGCCUGCAAGACAAAUUGAGAAAUUCAAACGUGGAUGCAAAUACAAGGAUGCAUAUCAUGGCUGAUAUCGGGAGAGGCCUCCAAUAUCUUCAUGCGAAUAACAUUGUCCACGGAAAAUUGUGGGGGAAGUCGAUUAUGUUGGAUGCAAACAACAAACCAAAAUUAACAGAUUUUCAGAAUGACGAUUCUAUUGUAACUGAUUACGGUGAUAUGAUGAGGUGGCAAGCGUUGGAAGUGAAUGAACAAACAAGCGGUCGCACAGCGGUAUCUGACGUGUGGUCAUAUGGAACCGUUAUGUGGGAGAUUGUUUCUGACGGAGCUGUACCCUACGAUGGUGUACCUGUGUUCGAUCUACCAACGCAUAUGCGAGAAAAUCAGUUGCCGAAACCUAAAGCUUGUUCGGAUAGUUUGUUCAGCAUAAUGACAACAUGUUGGAAUACGGACCCGAAAAUGAGACCUGAUAUGUACGUUAUUAAUAGCAACUUAUCCGAAAAACUUCUUGAAGACUCCAAUAAUCUAAUCGGUUCCCAAACAUCUGUUCGCUCUUCGUCAUCGCUUUCGACUAGACUGUUUGGUGAUAAUAAAGUUCGGCCCGACUGGUCGGACCAUGAAUCCAACCCUUCACCCGGCCCUCCAGUGGCGAGGACCACAUCCGCCUGGGUGUAGAAGAUAACGGAUCAUUACCAAACGGUUCUUCUUUUUCACAACCCUAUGUAAAGCACGCUGAUGACUUCCCUCCACCACCAGAAUCAAUUGAAGAAUACGAGACCGAGACCUAUACCGCGCUUUAAACUUUUUGGUUUUGACCUUUUUUUUAUAUAAUUUUUGCUCGUUUCUUUUAAUUUGCGCUUUUACAAUCGAAGUUGUCACUGUAUUUUCCGUUAAUUUAUGGAAAUUUAAACUUGUACGAGUAGUAAACAAGUUCUUACCUUUCUUCAAUAUUUAGCAAGUGUCAUACUAUUCCGCACAUAAUUUAUGAAAGCAAAUAAUUUACUUUCGUAUUUUGCAGAUCAAAAUACGCAAAUUUAUUUCUGAAAGUUUAAUGUAGAUUUUUGUUUUGGCCCUUUUUAAUCUCUGUUCCUAUUCUACAAUUUUAAACAAAAUUUUACGAUGUUUUUCACUGCUCAUGAAGUAUUGACAAAAUGAAAGCAUAUCAGAUAUACUGUGUCAGAUAUAGUGAUUUGAGGCUUUAGGAUGUUUAGAUGGAACAGGAAUAUGAAGUAUCUUUGUGUUUUUGAAAAAAUAUUUUUAUACAUUUACAAUUCAAAAAUGUAUUUCAUUUUGAUUUGAAAUAUUCUUUGGCGGGAAGAAAUAUGAUUUUGCCGCAAUGCAAAUCAAUAGAUGGUUCCCGCUUGGUUUCACUUUAUAAAUUUAUAAAAUUAUGCUGUCUCCGCCGUGACCUUCCUGAGAAUAGUUUUAUUUAACAUAUAAUUUGUCCGUAUUUUUAGUGCAAUAAUUAGCACUAAGUUCUUAAUUUAUAGAAAUGCUUUGUGUACUGGAAUGAUUUUUAAAAUAGAAUAAUUGAAAGUUCAUAAUUUUGUUAAUUUUUUAAUUAGAGGAAAUUAACAUUUUGUUGUUAUGGAUGUCCACUAACGUUUUUUUCAUAUAUUGUACUCUCGCUAAAUAAUUGAAGUUUCUGUACAAAGUUUUAUCUCUUUUCAUUGUGAUUUUGAUAACACUUUUAGAGAGCGAUUAUGUGUAUUUUUAAAUAUAUAUCUAAUUAUCAACUGCUCAACAACUUUGUA